AUGUCAGUUAUAUUAGCAUCAGCAGGAUACGACCACACGAUACGUUUUUGGGACGCAUUAACAGGGGUAUGUUCGAGAACUAUACAACACACCGAUUCCCAAGUCAAUAGAUUAGAAAUAACUUCAGAUAAACGAUUUCUCGCUGCUGCCGGGAAUUUAUAUGUCAGAUUAUAUGAUAUACGACAAAGUGGAAACACAGGAAACACAUCAGCACAGACAUCUGCGGCAAAUAAUGCAGGCGCUGGACAUUCUAAUAGCUCCAACAAUAAUCCUGUUAUGACGUUUGAAGGUCACUCUAGCAAUGUCACUUCGUUGGCGUUCCAAGCUGAGAAUAAAUGGAUGGUGACAUCACUGGAGGAUGGCAUGGUUAAAGUUUGGGACGUAAGGUCUCCCUCUGUUCAAAGAAACUAUAAGCAUAAUUGUCCAGUGAAUGAGGUUGUGAUUCACCCCAAUCAGGGUGAAUUAAUAAGUUGUGACCAAGAUGGAAAUAUUCGAGUAUGGGAUUUGGGUGAAAAUCAAUGUACACACCAUUUAAUUCCGGAAGAUGAUGUGCCAAUAAAUUCUUUGUCUGUUGCAAGCGAUGGAUCAAUGCUUGUGGCAGGUAACCAUAAGGGAAAUUGUUAUGUCUGGAAAAUGCAAAAUCAAAAAGAUUUGACUUCUUUAACUCCAGUCACCAAAUUCAGGUCUCACCUGAAAUAUAUCACCAGAGUGUUAUUGCUGACAGAUAUGAAACAUUUGGCUACUUGUUCAGCUGACCAUACUGCAAGAAUAUGGUCUACCGAACAGAAUUUUGCUUUGGAAACAACAUUGCAGGGCCAUCAGAGGUGGGUAUGGGAUUGUGCAUUUAGUGCAGAUAGUGCCUAUUUAGUGACAGCAUGUUCAGACCAUUAUGUGAGACUCUGGGAUUUAUCCAACAGUGAAACAGUGAGGCAAUAUAAUGGGCAUCAUAAAGCAGCAGUAUGUGUGGCAUUGAACGAUGUGUAA